GGCCUUUUUACAUCGAUUAGUCUACAAUCGAUUAUUCUCCGUGACACGUAGUCAUAGUUGGAAAACAAGACGUGUUUCUCUCUGAUCUCUCAGUUUUGUGCAAGUUUCUGACGGAGUUCGACGUAGAAUCUUUUCAUUGUUAUAUUCUUCAAAAAUGGAUCAAAUCUCAAAAGUUAUUGAACCAGGUCGUCAAUUUGGAAAAGAUUCGAUGAGACUUGUCAAAAGAUGUACCAAACCAGAUAGGAAAGAAUUCCAGAAGAUUGCUGUUGCCACAGCUAUUGGAUUUUCCAUCAUGGGAUUCAUUGGUUUCUUUGUGAAAUUGAUUCAUAUUCCUAUCAACAACAUCAUUGUGGGGUCGUAAAACUAACCUGUAUUCUGAGUUUGUGUACCGUUUGUUCAAAUACAAAAUCUAUUUCCAACUUUUUGUACUGUUCUAUUUAUUUUCAAAUAUCUAUUAUGAUAAGUAUGAGGUAUAAGUAAAAUACAGUAAAUAUAAAAAUAUACUCUAUAAAUUAAUAUUAUUGUUUUCUUUUAUAAAUAGUUUUAAACUAUUAGUGAGCAAUAAUACUGUUCAAAUGUUUUACAUUCAUAUUUCAUCGAGUUACUAUUUACAGAAGCUUCAAUUUUUGUAAGUUAAACACAGCAAGAUUCACUUUUAUUGUGGAUUCAAUCAAUACUAAAUAUUGUUAAUACUGUAGAUGAUAUAAUGCUGUUUUAAUAAAAUUUGUUUUAUAAAUC